GCCGACGCAGAAGCAGCAUCCGCGGCCCAGGAAUCCUAGCUGCGGCCUGGGCAAGCCGGGGCCGGGGCGGCCGGGCGUGGGGGUGCCCGCCCGGCCUCCAGGUAGGCUCGGCCGCGACUCGGACCGCGCCGGGCGCCCAUAAGAGCCUUCUUGACUUCUAAAGAAAAUGGCUGAAACAUCACCACAGCCUUCUGAACAGCUUGUUGUUCACUCAGAUACUCACAGUGACACUGUCCUGGCCAGUUUUGAGGAUCAGAGAAAGAAAGGCUUUCUCUGUGACAUUACUUUAAUCGUGGAGAAUGUGCAUUUCCGGGCCCACAAAGCCUUACUUGCUGCUAGUAGCGAAUAUUUCUCAAUGAUGUUUGCAGAGGAGGGGGAGAUUGGCCAGUCCAUUUAUAUGCUGGAAGGCAUGGUUGCAGACACCUUUGGCAUCCUGCUAGAAUUUAUCUACACAGGUUAUCUCCAUGCUAGUGAGAAAAGUACGGAACAAAUCCUGGCUACUGCUCAGUUCUUAAAAGUCUACGACUUGAUAAAGGCUUAUACAGACUUUCAGAAUAAUCAUAACUCCCCAAAGCCAACAACUUUGAACAGAGCUGGUGCUCCAGUCGUUGUUAUUUCUAAUAAGAAAAAUGAUCCUCCAAAACGGAAACGGGGAAGACCAAGAAAAGUCAAUAGUUUGCAGGAGGGGAAAUCAGAACAGGCUGCAGAGGAAGAAAUCCAGCUAAGAGUGAACAAUUCGGUUCAGAAUAGACAAAACUUUGUUGUUAAAGAAGGAGACAAUGGUGUACUGAAUGAACCGAUUCCAGUAAAAGAAAAGGAAGGAUCUGACCCUGCUUGUGAACCAGGUAGAAUGGAGGAGAUGCCCACUGAAAAAGAUGAGAACUGUGAUCCCAAGACCCAGGAUGGGCAGGACCACCAGAGUAGAUGCAGCAAGCGGAGGAUUCGGAGGUCUGUCAAACUUAAAGAUUAUAAACUUGUUGGGGAUGAGGACGACCAGGCUUCAGCCAAGAGGAUAUAUGGAAGGAGAAAGCGCCCCAGUGGUCCUGAGGCCCGCUGUAAAGACUGUGGCAAAGUCUUUAAAUACAAUCACUUUUUAGCAAUCCAUCAGAGGAGCCACACAGGGGAGCGACCCUUCAAAUGUAAUGAGUGUGGAAAAGGCUUUGCCCAGAAGCACUCUUUGCAGGUCCACACCAGGAUGCACACAGGCGAGCGGCCAUACACCUGCACCGUGUGCAGCAAGGCUCUGACCACCAAGCACUCACUGCUGGAGCACAUGAGCCUGCACUCAGGACAGAAGUCUUUCACCUGUGAUCAGUGUGGAAAGUAUUUCAGCCAGAAAAGACAACUAAAGAGUCAUUACCGAGUUCAUACAGGCCACUCAUUACCGGAAUGCACCCACUGUCAACGCAAAUUCAUGGAUGUGUCUCAGCUAAAGAAACAUCUACGAACACACACAGGUGAAAAGCCAUUUACUUGUGAAAUCUGUGGCAAGUCUUUCACAGCAAAGAGUUCUCUUCAGACCCACAUCAGAAUUCAUCGAGGAGAAAAGCCAUACUCCUGUGGCAUCUGUGGCAAAUCCUUCUCUGACUCCAGUGCCAAAAGGAGACAUUGCAUUCUGCACACAGGCAAAAAGCCUUUCUCCUGCCCAGAGUGUAACUUACAGUUUGCUCGCUUAGACAACUUGAAGGCUCACUUGAAAAUCCACAGUAAAGAGAAGCAUGCAUCAGAUGCCAGCAGUGUUUCUGGUAGUAGUAGUAAUACAGAAGAGGUCAGAAAUAUUCUUCAGCUACAGCCAUACCAGCUCUCUACCUCUGGAGAGCAGGAGAUUCAGCUUCUGGUAACUGAUUCUGUACAUAACAUCAAUUUCAUGCCUGGUCCUAGUCAGGGAAUCAGUAUCAUGACUGCUGAGAGUUCCCAGAACAUGACCGCAGACCAGGCUGCUAAUCUCACCCUGCUCACACAGCAGCCAGAGCAACUGCAGAAUUUAAUUCUUUCAGCUCAGCAGGAGCAAACAGAACACAUUCAGAGUCUCAAUAUGAUUGAAAGCCAGAUGGAGCCCUCACAGACAGAGCCAGUGCAUGUAAUUACACUGUCCAAGGAAACCCUGGAACAUCUUCAUGCCCAUCAAGAGCAAACAGAGGAGCUCCAUUUAGCGGCAAGUGCUUCAGAUCCAGCUCAGCACCUGCACCUGACUCAGGAGCCUGAAUCACCACCACCUACUCACCAUGUGCCCCAGCCCACUCCACUUGUCCAGGAGCAAAGCUGACCUGUGAACAUGUUUGACUGCUCCAGCUAUAGCAGGAUGGUAAACUCUUGAAAUCAGGCUCUCUGAGCUGACAACUUAGGUUCUUAAAGAAAUGUGAUAGCCAUAAGAUGUUUAUAAUGUGCUCUGUCUGGGCAGCUAAACAUGUUGUGUGUGUGUGUGUGUGUGUGUAUAUGUAUGUAUCAUGUUUCCUCUAUAGUACCAAUUUGAGUUUAGCGUUUCAAAUAAUGAUAAAUGGUUUUCAUUUUCAUUACAACAUCUCUUAAAGAAUAAGGUAAUUUUUCUUUGAGGUGUUGAUUUAGGCUUUUUGGUAAGUAUUAAAAUGUUCACCAACCAAAGGUUAUGGUCUUGCUGACCUUUCCAGUAUAUUCUUUAUUCUUCAGAACAAAUGAAGUCAUAUAUAGAUUGAAUUGGGUAAAGCAGUUGCUUCUACUCCUUUAUUUCUCUUAGGCAACACAGUUGCCAGUCCAAGAUAAGUCAGGGCUAAAUAUGACAAAUCACAACAUUUAGUUGAUCCCCUAAGAGUAAUUUUUAUUUUUUUCUAUACUAAGCAUUGAACCCAGGGCCUCUCGAAUGCUAGGCCAGUACUCUGCCACUGAACUACAUCUUGUCCCCUUUUUUUUUUUUUUUCCUUAUUUUAAGGUAACAUCCUACUGUCCUAAACUUGCAGUCCUCCUGCUUCAGCCUUCUUGAGUAGCUGGGACUACAGGCAUGUAACCACCAUGAUGGUAACAGUAAUUGGACAUUUAAUCUUUGUGUGGGACAGUGAGCUAACCAUGCUUAAGGUAUAUUCAAGCCCAUAUAACCUGUAUUCAUAACUCAAAAUCAUAACAAUAAAGCCAAAAGUAUACUUUCUUUAAAAUUCUGAAUUCGCAUUUUUUGGAAAAUACAGACUUGUACGUUUUUAAAAAGCAAGCUAUUAAAAUUUUAAUUAAAAAGUUAAAUAUGAAGUUGGAUCAAGGCAUUCACCCUAAAAAUAAACUGAAUUUUGUCAGAAAUGAUAGUUGAUUUUCAUUAUGUGGUUAAAGGUUUUUUAGUUAUCCUAGAAAAUUUUACUCAAGUGUAAUUUGUGUUAAAGUUACUGAUUUCGCAUUGAUCUAUGAAAGUACUGAUCUGUGUGUUGUGUUUGAUACUUUUCUGGAGACACAAACUUACGAUCUAUUUUUAUUGCAGACUAGAUUAAGUCCCACAAAAUGGCCACAUCAUUUUUAAAAGUAUAUCUUUUUCUAAUCUUAAAAAUAAUUUGAGGGACUGGGGAUGUGGCUCAGCUGGUAGCGCGCUCACCUGGCAUGCUCGGGGCGCUGGGUUCGAUCCUCAGCACCACAUACAAAUAAAAUAAAGAUGUUGUGUCCACCGAAAACUAAAAAAUAAAUAUUAAAAAUAAUAAUUUGAUUCUCGGACCCUAAGCCAGCUAUGUCUAUAGUUGUGUGAUUUUAAAUAAUUUUUCAAAAGAUAAUAUUAUAUUUGAAUUAGGUUUUCAAGUUCAGUGUAUUUAAUUGAAGUCUUAACUGCUUUCUGUCACAUAAACUGGUAAGGGAUUUUUAAGAAAAGAAGUUGGGUUUUAGUAUCUCUAGUUUAACAUAAUGAUGGUAGAAAGAAGACCCAAAAUUAAUAAGACUUCACAUCAGUUGUUUUCUUGUUCUAACUCUUUUAUUUUCACCUGAAUCCAGUAAGUUCUUUGGAGGUUAAAGUAAUUGAGAAUUCUUGAGGUUUGAGAGAUAAUGAAAAUAUUUUUGUUGCUUACUUGUCAAAGUUAUAUUUUAUAAUAUAUAUAAUUAAUAAAAGUUCCAAAAUUAUAUAA